AUGGCCGAUCGUCAUGCCAUAGAAAGCUACGAGCACGAAUUGCUUGCCGAUGUCGCCAAGUAUGGGCAUGACUUUCUCAUUAACGAAGAAGUUGCGGACCACGAUGAGCUUCUGUACGAACAGCAGGAAGACCGUGCAGAUAUUGAUCAAGACGAAUCAUCUGGUGCAGACGCUCUCGACUCUGUAUCUACACCAUCCCCACGUACAACAGCUAAGUCAGCCCAAGCCUCUCUUUUUCGACUUCCCAUUCUCCUGCAGCUCAUGAGGAAUGUCUUCAUGAACAACGGUGAGCAAGAGCAUCUAAACUGGAAUCAUACAAAACCCAUUCUCGAAGACUCUAGCGAGCCAGCCAUUUACAAGAGUGCGUUAGAAGACCUGACAACCAUUGCCGAAAACCUCACUCGGCGCCUUGUUCAAGCUGCGAUCUUCCAGGCGAUGACACGUCUGCGAGCUGGAGACUCUAGCCGCUCCGACUGGACUCCGCUGGCUGCGAUCAGAGAAGUGGAUGUUCACCAGGCUGUCGAUCUGCUUGGCAUGAAACCAGAAUGGCACCGAUAUUGGGCCGACGUCGUAGAGCGGAAUCGUCUGGCAGUGUACAGCGACUCUAAGAGAUACCAAGAUGGGCGCCCAGGGAAAAAGUUCGGAUAUCGACUGACUUCCAAAGAGGUUCGUAGAGAGCUUGUCGAUGAGCUCGAUGUAACGUCUGAGUGCAGCGACCACGAGAAUACGAAUGUGUUUGCAGAGGACAUCGCGGAAUUCAUGGAAGAUAGCGACCUCUUCACAGAAGAUGACGCUCAUUCUGAUCAUACCUCUGAGGCCGACAAUGGCAGCGAUUCGGAGCCAGGCUCACCCAGACCUGGAUCAAGGAAGCGAAAGCGUGCUUUGAGUCCUGGAGAGUUCGCUCGAGCCGAAGACAAUUAUCUGGAGGCCAUGGAUCAGAGCAGCAGCAGGCAGGGAGAGCUGCUGCUUUGGAGAAGCCUUCGUUUAGACCCUCAUCAAGAACUCUUGAACCAGAAACCAUAUGAUCAACAGGCUCCACGUGCUCGCACGGAGCCAAGCAAAGCAAAUUCGUGGCGAGACACGGUCGAAUACGUUGAUGACUGGGAGCUUGGCGUCGGCGUUCCUAAGGAAUCCCAUUUCCUUACCAUGGGUCGAGAGGGCCGUAGAGGCAUGCCGAAACCCGGCAAUCGAGCACGCGUCCCCACAGCCUCGAUCUUCAGUCUUAUCCACACAGUAUGUACGGCGUCGGGAUCAAUUGCCGACACGGUUAAGGCUAAGGCGAGAGCGAGAGUGAUGGUCGUCGCUCGAAUAGCUCUCGUGGCUCGCUCGCUGGUCGCGGCUCGGUCGGUGGUGGAUCAGUCGGUGGUGGAUCAGUCGGUGGUGGAUCAGUCGGUGGUGGAUCAGUCGGUGGUGGAUCAGUCGGUGGUGGAUCAGUCGGUGGUGGAUCAGUCGGUGGUCGUGGAUCGUUGGUGGUCGUGGCUCGCUGCCGGAAUACGUUUAGCGCUAUUCGAGAUCUCAUUCUAG